GUCAAUCACAACACCACAACGCAAUUGUUUGUCGAAGUGUGCGAUCGAGUUGCGGGACAGCUCCGUGAAAAAUAUACACCAAUCUCGUUCCAAAUUCGUUUGUGGGUCGGAAAUUCAUCAUCAUCAUGUCUCUCCCGCGUAACAUCAGCACGCUGUUGAAGGUUUCGCGUGCACGCAGCGUCCCGUGCGCUCUGUACCAUCAGAACGUCCUGGAGCACUACGAAAACCCCCGGAACGUCGGUUCGCUUGAUAAGAAGGACAAGAACGUCGGCACCGGCCUGGUCGGUGCUCCGGCCUGCGGUGAUGUCAUGAAGCUGCAGAUCAAGGUGGACGAAAAUGGCAAAAUCGUCGACGCCAAGUUCAAGACGUUCGGGUGCGGUUCGGCCAUCGCUUCGAGCUCGUUGGCCACCGAGUGGGUGAAGGGCAAAACGCUCGAUCAGGCUGGUCAGCUGAAAAAUACGGACAUCGCCAAGGAACUGUCCCUGCCGCCGGUCAAGCUGCACUGCUCGAUGCUGGCGGAAGAUGCCAUAAAGGCAGCGCUGGAGGAUUACAACAAGAAGCAGAAGAAGUAAGGCGGGAGCGGGUCCAUCAUGCAUUCGGCUCGAGUGUACGACGGAGGAUGACGGUGGUUGUAUGAUAAGGAAAUGCUAUGUAUUAGUUUGUAUGUUUGGACUUUCUGUAUGCUUAGUCAAUAAACCUUCUAUAAUGCUGUUGAAUAAGUAGCACAAA